GGUAAAGUUAGUUGUGGCAUCUGGAGGAAACUGUGUGGAGUCGCGUGCGCUUGCGCCGGCCAUCUCACGGCCAGAUAAUGUGUGUCCAGCGGCGCCUUCUGCUCUUUGAGCAGCUUGUCGUUUGCCCGCCACAACUGUCGCGCCGCCGGCUCCCGGCUUCUUUUGUAAGCUGCUGCUGCCGCCUCUCCCGCCUGCCUUUCUCUUCGGCGGUGCCAUGAUUACACGCGAGACCUCGUCAUCUUACCAAGAGCUGAGUGAAGAUGUGGAGCAUGUAGCUGCAAACUCAGAGCCUGCAGAGGAACAAAUAGAUGAAGAAGAUCAGGAAGAUGCCAGCUCAACUAUCCUUCCAGUCCUAGACAGCAACAGCUCUUCGAUACGUUUCAGCAAGUCCUGCCUGAAGAACGUCUUCUCAGUCAUUCUCCUCUUCCUAUAUCUGCUGCUUAUGGCUGUGGCCGUUUUCCUGGUCUACCAAACCAUUGCCGACUUCAGGGAAAAACUCAAGCACCCAGUGAUGUCCGUCUCUUACAAGGAGGUGCCCUCCUAUGAUGCGCCUGGUAUCGCCCUCUACCCAGGCAAAGCUGAACUGCUGACUUGCAAGCAUCACUACUACGAUUACAUUCCGCCUCUGGUAAAUCCAGGUCAGCCAGGAGAAAUUGAAUGUGUUACUCAGAGAAUCAACUACACAGAUCCUUUUACUAAUCAAACAAAGAAACAUGCUGUGAUUGUUGAAGGACCUCAGGAUGUGAAGAGACGAGAACUGGUGUUCAUGCAGUUCUACCUAAAUGAGACGGACCAGGAUUUCAGCGCAAUAAACUACCUUCUCUUUUCUUCAUUCCAGGAGUUCCUCGACAGUCCAAACAAAUCAGAGUUUAUGAAGGCGUGUGAGAGCUCCUAUUCCAGCUGGAAGUUCUCCGGUGGUUUCCGAACCUGGGUCAAAAUGUCUUUGGUGAAAACAAAAGAAGAAGAUGGCCAGGAGGCAGUUGAAUUCAGGCAGGAGAUCAGUGUGGUUAACUACAUUGAAAGAAGAGCAAAAGCAGGCGGGGACCAGCUGUUCUUUGUGGUAUUUGAAUGGAAAGAUCCUUUUAUUCAGGAAGUUCAAGAUAUUGUCACUGCAAAUCCUUGGAACAUGAUCGCUCUUCUGUGUGGUAUUUUCUUGGCUUUAUUUAAAGCAGCCGAUUUUGCCAAACUCAGUGUAAAGUGGAUGAUAAAAAUCCGAAGACGGCACCUCAAAAGAAGAAUGCAAGUCUUGAACCAUAUAAGCUGAGGACCAAGCGCCACUGAGUUUUCUAUUACGCUGGGGAAUACAAAUGGCCUAAGACUAAACCAAUGGGCAGUUGUCUUGCACAGAAAAGCUGUACUGGCAGAUGGACUACUUGCUUUGCUGGAGUAUAAUGCACUACACGCUUGGAAGUUUUAAAAACUAAGAAGCACCUUCUAAAUCCUAGCUCUUUCCAAAACCUUGAGCUCCUUUACUAAGCUCCUCAGCGGUAGGAAGAUUCUCAAAAUAGUAUUUAACCUGUUCUAAUAGAACUUACAACCAAAUGGAUUGACAGGGCGUUUAGUUAGUAAUGAAGCAGAAGUGGGCUCCUUUAAACUCAUUUCUGCCUACAUUAAGAUGGGAUGUCCCCCAUGGAGUUAAGAACAGUAAUGAGUUUAGUAGAUCCUAUUGCAUGCACAAGCCACGGAUUUGGUUUCUAGGGUCUUCAGUUAAUAUCUCAGGUGAAAAGACCCCAAGCUUUGAGCACCUACAGGGCUACUAGCUUUAAGAUAUGCUGUCAGAGUGGAUGUGCUAGAUGAACGAUUGAUCUGAUUGAAGCUUAAGGCAGCAUCUUACAGAAAUGUUCCCAACAUUCCUUGAGUAGACAGGCACGCUUCAGUGGGUAAAAGUAUUUUACCUGUAAAAACCUGUGCACUAGUUGUGUUAGAUGUGUUAAUCUGUAACUGACUCGCACCCAAGUGGUGCAAAUUUGUAUGAUUAACAGUAGUUUGCUAUAUGGUAUUGCAGUUUCAGCCUUCAGUAUUUCUUCCUGAAGUAAUACAGUCUCUAUAGGGUCCCCCUCUUUGAGAUAUUUAACCUGUAGUUGCUAACAGAGUACAAAAAGGUUUAGGCUUAGAUUGGUCUUCACUGAAGUUAAUAUUGAAAGGACCUCUCUGCAAAACAGAAGCACUGGAAUUUUGUCAAGCUGUCCUAUAAAUGUAUUUGUGUUCUAAAGUUUUUCAAUAAAAUUAUAUCUGUCUCUUAAA